AUCAUCUUCUCCCGACCACCGGUCGUAUCGUCUACGCGGAAAACUCGCCCUCUAUCGUAUCGAAUGCACGCAAUGACAGACUUUUUCCGCUGUCAUCGUAUCGGCUCUGUACCGCUCACGGCUCAAAUAGAGGUUUAAGAAGGUUGAUUCAGCGCUCUGAUGGUGGCAGUGGCAUCCCCUUCUUUCUUUCUCCGCACCUUCGUGAUCAAGCCUCUUGCUUACCGCGCCCAUCGGCACGUACGCGCUUUCUCUUCUCCAUUUCCCGUAUCUGUACGCCUUCAACGCACGAUGUCUUGCCCAAACUGCGUUCGCGGCGUCGUCCUCCCCGGCGAGCCCAAGGGCGUUAUGCGCUCUGCCAGUGACCUGACGGUGGAUGCGUAUCUCGCGUCUCCGAAACCAGCAGCGGAGCAAUGGGCGCCUUCGACACAUGCUAUUGUUCUUCUGACCGACAUCUUCGGUCUUAACCUGGUCAACUCGAAGAUUAUGGCCGACCGCUUCUCGCAGGAGUUAGGGUGCGACGUCUGGGUGCCCAAUCUUUUCGUCCCGGGUCCCCCUCUAGGCGCAGAUGAGAUUGAGCUGCCGGACAGAGCGGGGGUGAAGAUCUCAUGGUGGACGUACCUCAAGUUCUUUUGGAUCCUCAUCACCAGGCUGCCAACGGUAUUCCGCAACAAGCCCUCGAAAGCAGCGGCUCGGGCGACGCAGUUCAUCGAACGCAUCCGCGGAGAAUACAAGUAUACUCAUGUCGGCGCUGUCGGCUACUGCUACGGCGGCAGUGUGCUAUACCAGGUCGCUGCGACCAAGCUCAUCGAGAGUGCGGUCAUUGCCCAUCCGGGCGGGUACAAGGACGAUCAGCUGAAGGCCAUUCGAGUACCCGUAUCUUGGGCUCUCGCCGAAGACGAUGACAACAUCAAGCAGAAGCAGAUAGACCACGCCGAAGCCCUCUUCGCUGAGCGUAAAGGCAAGGACAACUACGUCGACUACGAGUUCAAGGUGUAUCCUGGCACCGCGCACGGCUUCGCUGCGCGGCCCAAUCUGGCGUAUCCCGAAGUGAAGGCAGGGUUUGAGGGCGCUUUCGAGCAAGCUGUCCAGUGGUUCAAGAAGACGUUGUUUUGAGGACAAAGUUCGGUCGGUCAGCAACGUAUCCGGGUGGUAGCUCUAAUACUCAGACUGUCUGGCCAGUACUACACUGACAGCGCGCUUCUAUCACUGGCCGGUAGCUUAAAUUGCGGUCUCUAUAUUGCAUCUGCAGCGCUAGGGUCAUGGACGGUCCUGUGCGCGUAACUGCAGCUUCACUCGCUCAGGAAGUAUUUUCUCUUCCUCCCCAACAAUAUAUGUCUAUCACGAA